AUGGAACGCUCAGUUGCUGUUCAGUCCCUUUCUACCGGUCCUGCGCAGGCCCCCACCAGUGUGGACAAGGUUGUUGGGCCAGUCCCAAUGUCGUUCCCUGCGAUAUUGCGAGCGCCGGGACUGGCCGACCGAUAUGCGCAUCUGCGAGUAGCAGUCGACAGAGCGCAGAUCGUUGCGCCGUCUGUUCCUAAGAAGAACAAGCGAGACGACAAGGAAGGCAGGCGGUGGAUCCGCCGGAAGGAGAACGCUCGCUUCGCUGACAACCUCCACAUCGUGCUCCCAUCGAAGAGGGACUAUGCUAUUACCUCACCAAACAAGCAGCCCACUUUCCCUCAUCCCCUCCCACACUACCUCUUGCGCAACAAUGCUAUCCCAGCUGCCGUUCCUGCAAUCACUGAGCCCAGCUCUGCAAAUGCAGGCCGUUUCUCGAUGAGCCUAAAGGGCAUGCGGCGAGAGCUGCGCAAGUCUGGGCCAAGAACAGAGCUCCUUGUCAAGGAAGUCGAAGGCGAGAUCGUCUCCUGGCUGAAGGACGGAGGCGUUAUGCUUUCCCCCGACGCUGCAGCAGAGGUGUGCUUCCCUGGUAUCCCUGUGGGCAGCACCGAGGCGAUCAAGGAGGUCUCGCGGACGCCCUUGCAGCUGGUCUGGUGGAUUGCGGACGACGCAUUCACGCGCUACGUCGUGCACUGUUGUGCUCGUUACCACGAUGUAGUCAGCUUCAGCAAAGAUACCUCCGGGCAGCGCCUCACAUAUCUGCUGCGUCCAAACGUGACUCGCCCUGACUACCACGCCCUAGCCAGUCUGGACACGCCGCCAGUCACAGACCUCUCGGAGGCCUCUCUGUCCGACUUCGAUACCGAGUCCGACAUCCUGUCCGACCGGGACUAUCGCUCCGAUACCGAGGCCGUACCUGGAGCCCGCGUCAGCCACCUCCGCGCUAUCGAGGAGGCCUCUGCACCGUCCACACCCAGCCCUGCCGUCGUCAGCCUCCCAGCGGCACAGAUAAGCGACGACGAGUGGUCCUUGAUCGCCGAUGCGGAGGCGGAUGGCGAGGAUAGCGAGGCGGAGCAGAAUAUAUCCGCAGCAAUGCGCAACACAUUCUUAGGCGACAUCGACCGUACUCCGCGCGCGGGACCGCGUAUGGCGUCGCUCCGCUCACCUAUGUGGGAGCGCCAGCGGCGUGCGGCGUCCUCCCCAUCACGUUCGCCUGCACGGCGCAUGCUGACACGGGCGCGUCGCGUAGAGCCCCCUCUCACGCAGUCCGAACGUUCCUUCUAUGCCUAUCUAUUCAGUUGAGACACCCGUUUACCCGGUUUGUAUGGUGCUACGAGGAGCGUAGAUCGGAUUUAGUACUAUGGAACAGUAUAGAACAAGUUUGUACAAUUAUCCAAAUGUAGUCCAUAAGUGAAAUCUGCGAGAGAUGUUUUUACAUU